UGAAUUAUUGGUCGAUCCUAAAGUGUUAUAAAAUGAGAAGGCAUCACCAAAGUAUCAAUUCUUCUCCAGGAACAAGGCGAAAGUUUGAUUGUCUCACCAUGAAGAUGCGCGGAGUUAUCGUGUUUGUUGGUCUUUGCUUGGUGUCCAUGGUUACGUCCAUGACAAUUCCACUGAUUCUCAACCUGGAUCGUUAUGCUGAGAUCAUGUACAAGGUCGUCGACGACGGCUGCAUGGUGAAUGGGGCGUUGAAGGGCUUUGACAGUGAGUUUACCCUGGACUUGACUGGAAGCUGUGUCAAGUAUAGAUGUACAAAUGACGGAGUAAGCAUCAUCACUGACCAGUCAGGAUGUAAGGGGGACAGCGGCUGUGUGACGGGACUGACGGCUUACGGCUGCAAUGCGUACACAUGUCCAGAGGAGGGCACGACUAUGAAUGGGAAACCUAAGGUGUGGUUGAUUGACACGGAUGCUGAGGAACAAUGCGAAAUAUUUGGUGUCCCCCAGUGUUAUGAUCUGAAUGUGUGGCACACAGUCAACGGGAUGAGAUGCAAAUGUGACUCACGUUCCGAAAUGAACUGCGAAUUUGCCCCUAUGCCUCCCACAAAUUAGACAGAGCAUGCGAUUCUUCAGUCAAAUACUUAUUCUGCAUAUUACAUCCAAACAUUAACAGCAGCAAACCUGAAAACACUGACAUCCCCUACGUUUAUAUAGGUCUACAUUACUAAGAACCCUUCUGACUGUUACCAAUAUUUAAUGAAUUCAAAUAUAUGUGUGUCUGGAUCUAUUUUAAAAAAAACAACAUUUGCCGCGCAUAAGUAGUAUUAUGUGUGAGUGAGUGAAUGUUGUUUACACCUCUGUUAGAAGUAACCCAGCAAUAUUGUAUAUAAAUGCCUGCAUAUGAUCGAAUCUUUCUCACACAAACUAAUGGUUGACAGCCAUAGUAACAGCCAUAGUAACAGCCACUGGACACGACGACGCGCAAUCCAUCAGAUCACACAUUGUAAAUGUAUUGUAUGUUGUGAGGGCCACGUCUGUACGAAAUCCGAUGACCAGCAUUAUGAACAUAGUAUUAUAUCAACGAAACUAUGUAAAUCUAGGACCCUAUUCGUUACAUGAACCCGGGGGCUUUUUCUAAUAGAAACCUAUGCUUGUCGUUAGGGGGCUAAAUGGUAGGAUGGUCUGGCCCUGUCAUUAACUGUCAUUGUAUCCCGAUUGCAUCGAUAGACGCUAAUGAUGCCAAUCACUGGAUUGUGUGAUCAAGACUAGAAUAUUUAAAGACUGCCGCCACAUCGAUGCUGUGAUGAAGCAAUAUAUCAUAAUAUACAUUGAAAAAAUAGAGAACGUGAUCUCCAUGAGUCCACCCUGUCUGUAUUAGAUCAAUUGUGUACAUAUUAUUACCACUGUUUGGCACAAACCAUUUGUGACUCGUGUGACGCGCGUGUAAUCCUCACACAGCUGACAGACGUCCUGGCGUACUGAAGAACUGUUAAUCACUGUGUGAACUCCGAUGUACUCACUCACAUUUACAAUAUGUAACAUAUAAGACAGGAGGCGCACCAUCCGUCAUUUCAAUCUUUUGUCUUCUCUUGUCAUAUCUAUCGAAUAAAACAUUCCUGCUGCUGUCA